AUGUCUGAAGCUUCAUUCUCUUACGCUGCCUUGAUCUUGGCUGACGCCGAUCUCCAAAUCACUGCUGACAACUUGUUGGCUAUCACCAAGGCCGCUGGUGCCACCGUUGAAUCUGCCUGGGCUGAUGUUUUCUCCAAGGCUUUGGAAGGUAAGGACUUGAAGGAAUUAUUGUUCUCUUUCGCUGCUGCUGCCCCAGCUGCUGCUUCUGGUUCUGCUCCAGCUGCUGCCGGUUCCGCUGACGCUCCAGCUGAAGAAGCUGUUGAAGAAGAAAAGGAAGAAUCCGAUGACGACAUGGGAUUCGGUUUGUUCGAUUAA